AUGCUGCCACCUGCCUCCGCCGCCCAGGCCUACCCGCAGCCCAUUGCCCCCGCCCCGCCCCGCGACCGCCGCCCUGACUUCGCACCUUUUGCCGCCGCUGUUGCCCCCGACCUGCCGCCCAACCCCGCGCAGUUCAUCCCCAAGGAGCGUACCCAGGUCGUCGGCACCCAGGGCCGCCGUGGCAUCCUGCCCAGCGUGCCUGGUCGCGCCGCUGUUGCGAACGGUGCGAACGGCGCCAGCAAGGCCAGCGUCACUCCGGCCAAGGACGCCGACGGCAAGUUCCCGUGCCCGCACUGCAAUAAGACCUACCUGCACGCGAAGCACCUCAAGCGUCAUCUGCUGCGCCAUACCGGUGACCGCCCGUACAUGUGCGUGCUGUGCAAAGAUACCUUCUCGCGUAGCGACAUCCUCAAGCGCCACUUCCAGAAAUGCUCGCUGCGCCGCGGCAAUCCCACCGGCGUCAGCCAUCUCUCGCAUCCGCACGCCCACCUCAAGCGCGCCCAGGCUGCCGGCAUCGUGCCCAAGCCCGUCCAGGCCACCGACGUGGCCAGCUCCUUCGCCAGUCCCAGCGGCCUGGUGGCCACCACGUUUGGGGAACCGUCCGUGAACGGCGUCUCCGUCGCGCCGGCCCAGCAGCCCCGCUUCGCCGACCACCACCACCUAGGCUACCCCAUGCACGCCGCGGCGGCCAACGGCAUGAAUCGCGGACCGCCCGACCACGGCUUCGCCCAUCCCCAGCACCAGCAGCCGCCGCCGCACCACGCGCGCGCCCACUGGAUGGCCGCCGACCAGUCGAAACCCAACCACAUGCUCAUGCAGCCCGGCCCGGACGGCGUGGGCCAGCUCAACCACGUCGACCUGCCCCCUAUUGACGGAAACAAGCCGCCCGCCAACGCGCCCGCGACGUCCCUAGCGGACAAACGCCCGCCCGUCUCGGCCGCCGGCGGCCCCAACGGCACCAGUAAUCAUAAUACGAGUAAUAAUAACAGCAGCAGCGGCGGUGGUGGCGGCGGCGGUGGUGGCGGGAACGGCGACAUCGACUGGUCGACGAUGCUGCAGCCGGGCUCGCACGAGAACUACAUGACGCCGGGGGUGUUUCCGUCGACGAUGGCGCCACCGCCGGACGCGCUGCGGCAGCACCUGGACGGCGGCGAGCGCGGCAAGUUCUACGGGCCGACGACGACGACGGCCGCGACCACGGUGGCGGCCAUGACGAACGGGCAUCCGGGGGAGAGCGGCGGGCUGAAUGGACUGUAUCUUGCGUCAACGAGCCUGGGCGGAGAUGGUACGUCGGGCCUUCCACCUCGUUUGAAAGUUUAA